AUUUUGAAAAGAGGAUGGUGGUGACGUCAGCGGAUAUUUGUGCGCACUGUGGACUGUGCAGCGUCUGAAGCAAAGAUGGCGGUGGCACGGGAUCGAGUGGUUCGUCUGCUGAUGCAGCUCGAGCGCGCCACGUGCAGGUGUCCUGCUCACUCCAACACUUUCCAUAAAGUGGUGCCAAGUGGCCGGCGUGAGACGGACUACGCUUUUGAGAUGGCCGCUUCCAACAUCCGAUACGGAGAGGGGGUCACCAGGGAGAUCGGCAUGGACCUGCAGAACUUGGGUGCCCGGAACGUGUGCGUGAUGACCGACGCAAACUUGUCCUGCCUCCCGCCCGUCAAAGCGGUGCUGGAGUCGCUGGCCGAGAGCGGCGUGCCGUACCAAAUGUAUGAGGGCGUUCGCGUGGAGCCCACCGACGGCAGCUUCAAAGACGCCAUCGCGUUCGCCAAGAAGGGCGCCUUCGACGCGUUUGUGGCGGUGGGUGGCGGCUCCGUGAUUGACACCUGCAAGGCGGCCAAUCUGUACUCGUGUCACCCCGACGCUGACUUUCUGGACUUUGUCAACGCUCCCAUCGGCAAAGGGAAGCCGGUCACCGGCGCCUUGAAACCGCUCAUUGCAGUCCCGACGACCGCCGGCACCGGCAGCGAGACAACGGGGGUGGCCAUCUUUGACUACGAGCCUCUGAAGGCCAAAACAGGCAUCGCCAGCCGGACCCUGCGCCCCACCUUGGGCGUGGUGGACCCCCGCCACACCCUGAGCAUGCCCAGCAGGGUCGCUGCCAACAGCGGCUUCGACGUCCUCUGCCACGCCCUGGAGUCUUAUACCGCCCUGCCGUACCACCAGCGGGCCCCCUGCCCCCCCGAUCCCCUCAGCAGGCCCGCCUACCAAGGCAGCAAUCCCAUCAGCGAUGUGUGGGCGCGGCACGCCCUGCGACAGGUCGCCAAGUACAUGAAACGGGCGGUCAACGACCCGGAGGAUGCGGAAGCUCGCUCUAGCAUGCACCUGGCCAGUGUGUUUGCCGGCAUCGGCUUCGGAAACGCCGGUGUCCAUCUUUGUCACGGUAUGUCCUAUCCCAUUGCUGGAAACGUCAAGACGCACAAAGCUGACGGCUACAACGUGAAGCACCCCCUGGUUCCUCACGGCCUUUCGGUGGUCCUGACCGCACCGGCGGUGUUCAGCUUCACGGCUCCAGCGUGUCCGGAGCGCCACCUGGAGUCUGCUGAAAUCCUGGGCGCAGACAUCAGCCGUGCCAAGCGAGCGGACGCGGGCGCCGUGCUGGCCGACGCCUUACGCCACUUCCUGUUUGAGCUGAAGGUGGAGGACGGCCUCGCCGCUGUCGGGUACCAGCAAGACGACGUGCCUGCGCUGGUCCGAGGAACCAUCCCGCAGGAGCGUGUGACCAAACUUAGUCCCCGUGGGCACAGCGAGGACGACUUGACACGUCUGUUCGAGGCCUCCAUGAAACUCUACUGACAUGGCUUCCUUCUGUCACGUGCCAAACGUGAAGGUACAAAGCGGCCAGGUGAAAGCGAGUGAUGACAUCAGCAUUGAUUUGGGGAUUUGUAUUUUUUAUUCAGAAAUAUUUGAUACAAAGGUUUGACGAUUCGUCAAAUCGCAACUGGGCUCUGAAGUGAAAUAAGACAGAGGGGACAGUCACACGUCAAUCGAUCGGCUUUCGUUCACAAGUAUCUCAUCGAACCUUUUCAUCAGCAGGUGAUGCAAACCGAUUGUUACGCGUUUAUAUAAAUAUGCAAGUCGUUAAAAGGAGACGGACUAAAUCAUCAAGAUCAGUACUUGCAUUCAUUGACAAAUCACAAAGUUGUCUUUGUUGCUCAAUAAAAUGUUCAAAAGA